AUGGAAUUAACAAAGACUUACCCCGACGGGACAACUCCCACCAUCGCAGUCAUCGGCGCAGGAGUCUCGGGUCUGUGUGCAGCCAUCCAACUCCAACGCCAGCUUCAAUUGACAACCUACACCGUCUAUGAGCUCGAAGCAGAAAUCGGAGGCACAUGGCACUCAAACACCUACCCCGGCUGCCAGUCCGACGCCCCUUCGCAUCUCUACAGCUACUCCUUUGCGCCCAACUAUGACUUUUCCAAAAAGUUUGUCAAGCAGUCCGAGGUAUUGGCCUACUUCCGUUCAACAGCCAAGACCUUCAAUAUCUAUGACAAGAUCCGCUUCAAGACCAGGAUCAUGAGCAUGCAAUGGCACGAGACCCGUCGAAAGUGGAUCUUGCGUUGGGUCAAGGACGAGACGGGCGUGGAAGGCCAGGAUGAGUUCGAUAUAGUUAUUCAUGGAACGGGUGUUCUUCGACUGCCGAAGAUCCCCAAGGAGUUUGAGGCCUUUGAAGGAGAGUUGUGGCAUUCUGCUCGUUGGAACCACUCUGUCGAUAUUACUGGCAAGCGUGUUGGGGUUGUUGGCAUCGGCGCAAGUGGUGCGCAGAUUAUCCCGGCCAUUGCGGACCAAGUUCAGUCUCUGGAUGUCUAUGGACGGUCGCCCUGUUACAUCACCCCUCAACGUAAUCGCACCUACAACUGGGUCUGGAGACUUCUCUUCCGCCACGUCCCAUUCUUUUACGCCUUUUAUCGCGCCUUCGCCUUCUACUAUGUCGACUCGACCUUCUUGCUCUACUACAAACUAGCUUGGUACUCGGCCUUCCAUCGAGCAGUCGUCUACUUUGUCACAUGGUGGCAUCGCUUCCGCCACCUGCCCAACGACCCCAAACUCAGACAGCAACUGACCCCCGAAUACGAACUGGCAUCUCGACGGAUCAUUCUCUCGGAUUCCUUUUUCUCGGCUUUUAAGAAGCCCAACGUCCACCUUCACUCGGAUCCAAUCGUAGCUGUUGAGGGUAAAAAGAUCAGGACGCGCGACGGGUCAGAGAAAGAGCUGGAUGUUCUUGUCUUGGCGACUGGAUUUGACUGGAUCGGCAACUUUCCAGUUGGGUACUUUACAGGACGGAACGGGGUCGACAUCCCUGUCAAUUGGGGCGAGAGUCCUACGACCUAUUACGGCACCUCUGUCCCUCUUGCUCCCAACUUUUUCCUCAUCUGGGGACCCAACUCUGGCAUUGCUCAUCAUGCGUUGACGACAGUCGUUGAGCUCCAGGUCUCGUACGCGAUCAAGACGAUCUCUCACAUGAUGAAGAACAACCUCCAGUCCAUGGAGAUCAAACAAUCAGCGGCAGAAGACUUUUUGAAGCUGUUGGAUCGUAGGAUAGAACACACAGAAUUCACGACGACGGUGAUGCCCAAGUUCCUUAACAGCAAGGGUCAAUGCCGUGGGUUCUGGUUCGGAACUGUGACCGAGUUUUGGUUGAGGACGAGGAAGAUCCACCCGGAGCUGUAUGAUGUUGUCAAGCGGGCUGAGGGGACUAAGAAGGAGGAGAAGCAGUCGGAGGAGGAGGAGAAGAAGAAGAAGAAGAAGAAGAAGGGCGAGAAGCAGUUUGGGCAUUUGAAUGGUGACUCUAAUGCUGACUCUGGCCAACACCUGAUCGGGUCAUCAACAGAGGAUUGA